CCAUCACCCGACUUCGCUUCGUUUCCGUUUCUCCCAUUUCCGUUUCUUUAACUACGCACUUUUGAAAAUAAAAUCCGGCAAACAAGGCGGCCGGGUUGAGGGGAAGGAAGCGGACAUGUCGCAUUUUUGCCACUUUUUAAGGAGGUUAUCUGCCCGCCGUUGGGCUGCUAUGGGGCCGGGAAUUCGGGCAUUUUGUUUCGUCGCCUGGACGGUCUGAUGGGGUGCGGUUGCCCAGCUCACCCGAAACUCAGCGCCCCCCUUACUGUAUUCCCGGGGGUCCCGUUGCAUGUGUUUACGGGGUGAAAUGUAUAAAGUGGGCUGAAUGCAGGCUUGCCGCUCGCCAGCAGCCCAUUUCGGGACUCGCUUUCUCCACCCACUUGCGCAUUUUGUGCCACGGAAAGCAGAAGGCGCGCCGUGCGAGGCCUGGCCGGUCCCGGAGAGCCUCGGCCUUGCGUACGCAGUUUUACGCUGUCAGGGCAGAGCUGUGUAUCACCGGAUAAACGCAGAAGCGCGCGCUGCUGGUGCCGUAGGCGUCCAUAGUCUGGGUGGUGGCUGCAUCCAGAUGCCUUCUUUCUCUUAAAACGUGCGUGCGUUUAAAAGUUGAGCAUUUCGGAGAUUGAAGAUUACUGGACAUUUCAAACAUUUCGCCAAAGGACGGAAUGGCAGAUACGUUUGCAAGGUUUGCUUCAGCCAUGUCUAAAGGCGAGACAGAAGAGCUGAUAGAAAUAGAAAUUGAUGGACAGGAGAAACAGGAAUGCAUGGAGGAAGGGGUAGAGGAGCAGACGUUAACAGCUGCGGAGUUUGUGACACAAGCCAUUGACAUCAAUGAGCCAAUCGGCAACCUGAAGAAGCUGCUGGAGCCCCGCCUCCAGUGCUCCUUAGAUGGGCAUGAGAUUUGUCUGCAGGACAUACAGCUUGACCCCGACCAAAGCUUGUUUGAUCAGGGAGUGAAAACAGAUGGCACAGUCCAACUCAGUGUGCAGGUCAUCUCCAGACAAGGGGUCGAGCCCAAGUUGAACAUUCUGGAAAUUGUGAAGCCGGUCGAGACGGUGGAGGUGGUCAUCGACCCAGAUGCGGCCGUGGGUGAGGAAGGCCAGCUGGUGGAGGAGGGGCAGGUCAUCACUCUGGACCGCUCCGGCAUCGCGGACGACACCUCAGAGCAAGUGACCCGCUGGGCAGCUGCUCUAGAGGGCUACAGGAAGGAGCAGGUCCGGCUGGGCAUCCCCUACGACCCGGUCCAAUGGAGCGCCGACCAGGUGAUCCACUGGGCAGUGUGGGUGAUGAAGGAGUUCAGCAUGGUGGAUGUGGACGUGGGGACCAUCCACAUCUCGGGCCGGGAGCUCUGCUCCUUCUCCCAGGAGGACUUCCUCCAGAGGGUGCCACACGGGGAGAUCCUGUGGAGCCAUCUGGAGCUGCUGCGGAAGUACGUGCUCGCCAGUCAGGACCAAUCGGGCCAGAUCGCCACGGUGACCAUUGAUCAGCCGGUGCAGAUCAUCCCGGCAUCUGUGCAGCAGACCCCUUCCGGGACCAUCAAGGUCCUGACCACCAAGCAGGGCAAAGUACAGAGAUCGCCCCGCAUCUCUGGCGGGGAGGACCGUAGCUCGCCGGGAAACCGCACAGGGAACAACGGGCAAAUCCAGCUGUGGCAGUUCCUGCUGGAGCUGCUGACGGACAAGGACGCGCGUGACUGCAUCUCCUGGGUGGGAGAUGACGGCGAGUUCAAGCUGAACCAGCCGGAGCUGGUGGCCCACAAGUGGGGGCAAAGGAAGAACAAGCCCACCAUGAACUACGAGAAGCUAAGCCGUGCGCUCAGGUAUUACUACGACGGGGACAUGAUAUGCAAGGUGCAGGGCAAGAGGUUCGUGUACAAGUUUGUGUGCGACCUGAAGACGCUGAUUGGCUACAGCGCGGCUGAGCUGAACCACUUGGUGACGGAGUGCGAGCAGAAGAAGCUGGCCCGCAUGCAACUGCAUGGCCUGGCCCAGCCCGUUACCACAGUGACGCUUGCCACCGCCGCCCUCGAGAAGGACAGCUGAGAUGGAGAAGUGUGCAGGAGUGGGGGGAUAGCAGCAGCCAUCAUAGGUGGUGUGGAGGUACGGGGUCCGUGGGGAAGAGCACCCCCCCUCCCCCAAGCGUCUGUAAAAGUGUGAUUGGCAGAGGAAGCGUGUGAAGCGUGUGUACGUGUAUGAGUGCCACUGUUUGCAAGGCGUCAAAUUCUUGGGAUGUUGGACAUCAGUUCUUCGGCGGAGGAGAGCGGCUUUGAGAGAAAAGCGUUCCAGGUUGAAUCCACCUCCAAGUCUGAAAUGUACAGGCUUGGUGCCUGGCUUUGUGUGUGAGAGUGAAUGAGAUCACGUCUGUAUCCAGGGUGUGUUUGACUUGUACUCAGGUUAGGAGGCAAACCUGCUUCAGCAUUUCCAUUGUAUAUACAUAUGUUUUUGAUAGCCACCAGGGCAGUGUAUUUUCAGUUUGUAAAAGUACUUUUUCCUUUUAGCAUUUCCCCAAUGCAUGGACCUUUCCUGUCCACUGGGGGGCAAUAAAAAGGCAUGUCUUUUCUUA